UCAGCAGUACAAUUUCGACAGCCCCAAUAGGUAAGUAUCCCCUCUCUUAAUCAGUUAAUCCACAGAUCCCGAUCUCCCUCCUUGUCGCGUCCAACUCAGCUAUGACAACAGUGUGGCAGAUGCCACGUCAGCAAUGUCGAAGACAGCGUGGCAUGCGCCACGUCAGUCAGGGUGAGAAAUGCCACGUCAGCAAUGAUGACAGCUGGCGUCAAGACAGGAAGGCGCCAGCACGCACUGCAAUCUCGCGUUGUCGUCCACACUGGGCGGAGGAUGGCGGAGGGGCGGAGAAGCGGAGGAGCGGAGGUGGGCGGAGGAGCGGAGGUGGGCGGAGGGGCGGACGUGGGCGGCGGAGCGGCGGCGAUGGGCGGAGAACUGGCGGCGAUGGGCGGAGGAGCGGAGGCAGGUGGAGGCGCUGGGCGGAGGAGCGGAGGCGAGGGAAGGUGAUCGGAGGAGCGGAGGCGGGCGGAGGCGAUCGGAGGAGCGGAGGCGGGGGGAGGCGAUCGGAGGAGCGGAGGCGGGCGGAGGAGCGGAGGCGGGUGGGCGAUGGGCGGAGGAGUGGAGGUGAUGGGCGGAGAAGCGGAGGCGCGAGGAGGAGCGGAGGAGCGGAGGCGCGAGGAGGCGAUGGGCGGACGAGGGGAGGCGCGCGGAGGAGCAGAGGCGGGCUGAGGAGCGGAGGGGCGCGGAGGAGCGGAGGCGAUGGGCGGAGGCGCACGGAGGAGUGGAGGCACGCGGAGGAGCGGAGGAGGGUGGAGGCGAUGGGAGCGGAGGCGAUGGGCGGAGGAGCGGAGGAGCGGAGGCGCGGAGGAGAGGAGGGGCGGAGGAGCGGAGGCGCUGGGCGGAGGAGCGGAGGCGCGCGGAGGAGCGGAGGCGGGCAGAGGAGCAGAAGCGCGCGGAGGAGCGGAGGCGAUGGGCAAAGGAGCGGAGGUGUGCGGAGGAGCGACGACGCGUGGAGGAGCGGAGGCAGGCGGAGGCGAUGGGCGGAAAAGCGGAGGCGGGCGGAGGAGCGGAGGCGAUGGGCGGAGGAGCGGAGGCGGGCGGAGGCAAUGGGCGAAGGAGCGGACGCGGGCGGAGGAGCGGAGGAGCGGAGGCGCGAAGGGAGGAGCGGAGGCGAUGAGAGGAGCGAAGGAGGCCGGAGGAGCGAUGGGAGGAGCGGAGGCGAUGGGCGGAUGAGCGGAGGCGGGCGGAGGCGAUGGGCGGAGCGGAGGAGCGGAGGAGCGGAGGAGCGGAGGCGGGUGGAGGAACAGAGGAGCGGAGACGGGCGGAGGAGCGGAGGCGAUGGGCGGAGCAGAGAAGCGGAGGCGGGCGGAGGAGCGGAGGCGAUGGGCGGAGGUGGGCGGAGGAGCGAUGGGCGGAGCGGAGGCGAUGAGCGACGGAGGACCGGAGGAGCGGAGGCGAUGGGCGGCGGAGGUUGGCGGAGCGGGCGGCGGAGGUUGGCGGAGCAGAAGGCCAUGGGCGGCGGAGGUUGGCGGAGCGAGCGGCGGAGGUUGGCGGAGCGGGAGACGAUGGGCGGCGGAGGUUGGCGGAGCGGGAGGCGACGGGCGGCGGAGGUUGGCAGAGCGGGAGGCGAAGGUUGGCGGAGCGGGAGGCGAUGGGCGGCGGAGGUUGGCGGAGCGGGAGGCGAUGGGCUGCGGAGGUUGGCGAAGCGGGAGGCGAUGGGCUGCGGAGGUUGGCGAAGCGGGGGCUGGGCGGCGGAGGUUGGCGGAGCGGGAGGCGAUGGGCAGCGGAAGUUGGCGGAGCAGGCGGCGGAGAUUGGCUGCGCAGGCGGCGGAGGUUGGCGGAGCGGGAGGCGAUGGGCGACAGAGGUUGGCGGAGCGGGCGGCGGAGGCGAGUGGGUGGAAGCGAUGGGCGACGGAGGUUGGCGGAGCGGGAGGCGAGUGGGAGGAGGUGAUGGGCGGUGGAGGUUGGCGGAGCGGGAAGCGAGUGGGCGGAGGCGAUGGGCGGUGGAGGUUGGCGGAGCGGGAGGUGAGUGGGCAGAGGCGAGUGGGCAGAGGCGAUGGGCGGCGGAGGUUGGCGGAGCGAGAGGCGAGUGGGCGGCGGAGGUUGGCGGAGCGGGAGGCGAGUGGGCCGAGGCGAUGGGCGGGGGAGGUUGGCGGAGUGGGAGGCGAGUGGGCGGAGGCGUUGGGCAGCGGAGGUUGGCAAAGCAGGAGGCGAGUGGGCGAAGGCGAUGGGUGGCGGAGGUUGGCAGAGCGGGGGGCGGAGGUUGGCGGAGGUGGGCGGAGCAGGCGGCGGAGGUGGGCAGAGCGGGCGGCGACGUGGUGCGUGGGCCGGCGACAUGAGGAAAGUGCGAAAUGAAUGCUUGUGGCAGCAAUUAUUGUAGAGCGGUACUUGCGGUUUGCGCCGCAAGGACAUCG